CGCCCCGGAGGCGGGACUUCCGGCGUAGCGUGGACGCGGCCGCAGGGCUGCUGGUAGGAGUUGCGGUGUAUGCAGAUGUCGGCGCUGCGGCACGUCGUGUGUGCCCUAUCUGGCGGCGUGGACAGCGCGGUGGCUGCGCUGCUGUUGCGGCGGAGAGGCUACCAGGUGACAGGGGUGUUUAUGAAGAACUGGGACUCACUGGAUGAGCAUGGUGUUUGUGCUGCUGACAAGGACUGUGAAGAUGCUUAUAAAGUUUGUCAGCUCUUAGACAUCCCUUUCCAUCAGGUAUCCUAUGUGAAGGAGUAUUGGAACGAUGUGUUCAGUGACUUUCUGAAUGAGUAUGAGAAAGGAAGGACUCCCAACCCUGACAUCAUGUGCAAUAAGCACAUCAAGUUCAGUUGCUUUUAUCAUUACGCCGUGGACAAUCUUGGAGCAGAUGCCGUUGCCACUGGCCACUAUGCAAGGACCUCCCUGGAGGAUGAGGAAGUCUUUGAGCAGAAGCACACUAAGAGACCAGAUGGGCUGUUCAGAAAUCGAUUUGAAGUCAGAAAUCCCGUAAAACUUCUCCAAGCAGCUGACAGCUAUAAAGACCAGACCUUCUUUCUCAGCCAGGUUUCCCAGGAUGCCCUGAGAAGAACCAUCUUCCCCCUGGGGGAAUUAACAAAAGAUUUUGUAAAGAAAAUAGCUGCAGAGAAUAGACUCCAUCAUGUGCUUCAGAAGAAAGAGAGCAUGGGCAUCUGCUUCAUUGGUAAAAGAAACUUCGAGCAUUUCAUUCUUCAGUAUUUGCAGCCUCGGCCUGGAAAGUUUAUUUCUAUCGAGGAUAAUAAAGUUCUGGGAACACAUAAAGGCUCCCCAGGUAGACCACCCAGCUCUGUACAGGGACCUGCUCAGGACCAACCGUGUACACUGGAUUGCUGAGGAACCACCUGCCACCUUGGUCAGAGACAAGAUGAUGGAGUGCCAUUUCCGAUUCCGCCACCAGAUGGCACUAGUCCCCUGUGUGCUGACACUCAACCAGGAUGGCACUGUAUGGGUGACAGCUGUGAAGGCUGUACGGGGCCUUGCCCUGGGACAGUUUGCUGUCUUCUACAAGAGUGAUGAAUGUCUUGGCAGUGGGAAAAUCCUACGGUUAGGGCCGUCUGCCUACACACUCCAGAAGGGCAAGAACAGAACCAGAGUGGCUCCUGAGGUCUCCAGUGACAGCCCAGGCCUGCACCCGACACCCUGACAAAGGCCAAGCCGCUGGGAGGAAGCAUUAGAGCAAUCUUGGGCAGGUUGAUCAGUGAUGAUGCUUGAUGCUGCCAGAAUCAGUGGGCUGGCUGCAGAGCCAGGGCAGCAUGGGGAAGGAGUGUCUCUGCGCUGAUGCUCCAGUACACCAGAAGCAUUCACUGGCCAGUGGCUCUGCCUCCAGGGCCCUGAUGGAGCUGCUCUUCCACAGUGCAGUGCACGGAGGCGGCACAGGAACAGCAUUAAAUAAAACUGUCAAGUAGUCUGAC